AUGAAUAGCCUCCAGUCAUCGAGGCUUAGCGAGGACGAUCUUCUCAGUUCCCCGUCCUCAGAUGAAAAGAUGGACACAGCAUCAGAAUCUCUAAGAUCUACCCAAAACACGCCCAAUUCCAUCUUAUCAGAUUCAGACGAACGAGAGACUGAAGUUCUUAGACUACAAAAUCCAAAUGUUUUGAGACUCUCCGAGCCGGAAAAGUUAGAUAAUAAAAUCUUAAUCAAAACAGAUUUAAGCGAUAGUGUAAUCAUAAAAAUGUCUAAUUUGAUGAUUGAUUCAUCAAAGAAAAGGCCCAAAAACUUGGGCAUUAGCCCACCGAGACAUAGUUCAGCGUUAACUCUAACAACAAAUCAUCCCUUAAUGGGAUUAGGGAGUCCGGAUGAGAAUUUUCCCGACGCUCUCCCCAAAAAGGUGACUAAAAAUGAGGAAGAAAAGGAUCUGAGUGUCUCCAGCAUAGAAGACGAAAGGACGACGACUAACGGCUACGAAUUGUACACGCCUUUAAGGAAUACGUCAAAGAACAAUUUAUACUACUCAGAUAACUUCGUGACGGCCGACAGUCAGGUUUUAAAUGAUUCCUUAAAUUUUACGCCAGAUGUCGCGAGGAUGGAACAGAAGGAGAGGCGAAAAAUCAUUCCUCGUUUUAUAGGAACGCCUGUGGCAGAUAAUGCGACGCAAAAAGACUGCUUCGAUGACAAUAUUGCCAUAAAGAAGUAUGCGGAUAACAAAUUGUUUAUCCAAAGUACGCCCAAGGCCCUUGCAAUUGACAUUCCUGAACCUGAAGAGUUUCAUACAGUGGCAGAAUGGUGCGAAUCUCCAUCGCAUCUCCGCGCGAUGCCUAAUUUUGAUCUGCCCAUUGAGAUGUCGAGUAGCAUCGGUAUGCAUAAUGAUCUGGAAUCCCCAGACGUGAUAUCCUCAUCAACUCAAGAAGAUAGAUCAGCUUAUCAAGCGAUGUUGGACCCCUACACGGGGUCGGUCGCGCUAAGGCAUACCGCGCCUAGAAGUAACCCGCCACGCAGGAAAGUGCAAUUGCAGCCUCCAGAAGAAGACGACAGAUGUAGCCUGGACAGCGUCAGCGGCUGUUCCAUGGAGUCAGAGGAUGAACCACCUCCUCCGCCGCCCCAACAUGUGCAGGAUACCAGUGAAGAGGACAAUACUAAGAGAUCAAAAUCAACGAACACAGUGAGUGAGUGCAGCGACCCCAUCCCGGAGUACUCCGCGGCUGAGGAGUUCAGGGACGAGAGGUCCUGGCUGACCGUGCAGCACGGGGGCGGAUGCGCAGUCUGCGACAUGAAGGUGAUAGAGCCGUUCAAGCGCGUCGUCUCGCACGGCGGCUACGAGCGAGGUGGCGCGGCGCUUAUUGUGUUCAGCGCGUGCUACUUGCCGGACAACGCGCGCGCCGACUACCGCUAUGUUAUGGACAACUUGUUCCUGUACGUGACGUGGAGCCUGGAGCGGCUGGUGACGGACGAAUAUGUAUUGGUGUACCUGCACGGUAGCGCGGGCCGUCGUCGCAUGCCGAGCUUCACGUGGCUGCACGAGUGCUACAAGCUGUUGGACAGACGAUUAAGAAAAAGUCUGAAACACUUGUACCUGGUGCACCCAACGUUUUGGCUGAAGUCUUUUGUCCUCGUAGCUAAGGCUUUUGUGAGUUCAAAGUUCCUUCGGAAGCUGACAUAUGUGAAGAGUCUCAAAGAACUGCUAGAGAAAGUGCCCGUGGAGCCGAAUGCUAUUCCAGAAAUCGUGAAACAAUACGACGAGCAUAGGCAA